AUGCAGGUUCUACGGCACGAAGCUUCAUUUAACACGGCUGACGCCAAACCUGUUAACAUUAUUGCAGCAGUGGAAUCAAUCCUUUGUCAGACGGAGGCAACGGAGGAGACUAAGAACCUCAUCCGACACCAAGUGUCGUCUCUCCUAAUGGCCCACAGGCCGCGGGAAGUGCUUUCCAAGGUCGAACGUGAUGCGCUUAGAGAACUCAAGGCCGACAAAGACCUGGUCAUCGUGCCAGCGGACAAAGGACGCGCCACAGUUGUACUGGACAGGACAGGAUACCUUCAAAAAGCCAAAGGUUUACUGGAGGACCGACAGUUCUAUGUACCAUGUGCAACGAACCCGAUGAAGACGCUGACACGCGAAAUUAAUGCUACGUUGUUGGCCUUGGAGAACUCAGGUGCAAUAACACCGACCGACAGACGCAUGGCGAGACCCCAAGAUACGGCUUUGGCCCGAUUCUAUGGCCUCCCUAAGGUGCACAAAGACGGCGCUCCUCUCCGACCCAUCGUGUCGCUCAAAGGGACUCCAACGUACGGACUGGCUAAGUGGCUGUUCCGGCGUCUCAAGUUCCUGACCGCUGAGUCAGGCACCACGGUCUCUUCGUCAGCACAAUUCCUGGAGAAACUCAAAGGGGUAAGCAUCCAUCCAACUGAGGUCAUGAUAUCUUUUGAUGUUACAUCCAUUUUUACUUCUAUUCUUCAGCACCUGGCGAUCGAGACAAUCGAGCUGCUACUACAAAGCAAAUACGAUGAAACGAAGAACCGUCUUGGACACGCCCAAAUCCUUCAGCUCCUCCAGCUCUGUCUCAGGACGUACUUCACGUUCGACGGGACAAUCUAUGAACAGGUGAAGGACACACCAAUGGGUUCGCCGAUUUCGGGAUUCGUCGCCAAAGUGGUCCUGCAACGGUAA